UAACACCUAAACCGACUGCCGUGGUUUCGCGCUGUAUUUCCCUGGUAGCAAACUAUAAAAACCAGCGAAUUGGAGAAGUUUGGCAAAGAGCUCUCUCUCUCUCGGCUAACAUAUCGAUACUCUGUUUAUUUCAUUUUCCUUCUUGAUCUCCUUAGUACUCUCUCUCCCUCUCUCUCUCUCUCUCUCUCUCUCUCUCUCUCUCGCCUGGAAUCUUUAUUCCUUUUUUUUUUUUUUUUUCCCGCCCUUAAAUCUCCAAAGAACUGGUUCUGUGAACUCUCUUAUUGGACGCGACAAACCUCCAUAAAACCGGCUUGGUUCUUGAAGAUUAGGGUUUCGGAGGUGCUCCUUUUCCCUCUUGGUGCAUCCACUGCCUGAUUUUCUUGAGAAACAGAGCAAGGAAGAGACUCUGGAAAUGGCCUCCUGGUACCUACGCCAUGGCAGUGCCAUGCAGGUGGGGUCGAACUUUACCAAUCAAUACUAUCCGGUUCUUCUGGUUCAGCCCGAUCUUGUGCAUAAGUUCUACUCCCUAGGCAGCACCAUGAUUCUGGUAGAUGGCAAUUCAAGCAAUUCUGCCAAUGAUUUCAUGAAAAUUCAUAGACUUCUCAUGUCACUAAAUCUUGCUGCAAUUGAGAUCCAGACCACGAACUCUCUUUAUUCUUGGCAUGGAGGUGUUUUGGUGGUUGUUUCAGGAAUGGUUAAAAUCAGGGGUUUCAAUAAAAAGAGGAAAUUUGUUCAAAUCAUUUUUCUUAUACCUCUGGGAGAUGGUUACCUUAUUCUCAAUGAUAUCUUUCAGUUCAUUAAUGAUGAUGCAAGUGCAUACCAAAAUCAAGCACCCAUUCUGUUAGGAGGCAUAUUCGAUACUCAACCGAAUUCUUCUAGUGCUCUUCCGGAGCCACAUGCUUCGGACUUUGUUUGGGGGCAAGAUAUGCAUGACUCUGUGGAUGCAGUCCUUAAUCCAGUUGGUGAGUGUAGUCUUGCACAGCAACAGCAGCAAGAGGGUUAUGGGACUGAAACUGCUGGAGAAACUCCUGUAGAGGAGAACGUGUCUGCUUCAUUUCAAAGCAUGGCAAACAUUGUACAAGAAGGGCCCCCAGCUCCGGCCAUGGAAGAACAUGUGGGAGAGGAUCCAAAGAAAACUUAUGCUUCUGUUUUGCGAGGAUCUAAAGGACAGCCUGGACCAUCAUUUUCUGCCUGGCCAUCUUUACAGAGAAGUUCCCCAGCUACUUCAGAAUGGAAUCAUACACCACAACCUGAUGCUCUGCAUUCAAACUCUACAGUGUCAUUAGUGCCUCAAGCUAGGGUAGAUGUGGUGGAAUCUUUACACAGAAGCUCCCCUGCUACUUCAGAGAGGAAUCAAACACCACAGCCUGCUGCUCAGCAUUCAAACUCCACAUUAUCAUUAGUACCUCAAGCUAGGGUAGAUGCAGUGGAAUCUUUAUAUGGAAGCUCCCCCUCUACUUCAGAGAGGAAUCAAACACCACAGCCUGCUGCUCAGCAUUCAAACUCUACACUGUCAUUAGUGCCUCAAGCUAGGUUAGAUGCGGUGGAAUCUUUACACGGAAGCUCCCCUGCUACUUCAGAGAGGAAUCAAAGACCACAGCCUGCCGCUCAGCAUUCAAGCUCUACACUGUCAUUAGUGCCUCAAACUGGGGUAUAUGCUGUGGAAUCUUUACAUGGAAGCUCCCCCGCUACUUCAGAGAGGAAUCAAAGGCUACAGCCUGCUGCUCAGCAUUCAAACUCUACACUGUCAUUAGUGCCUCAAACUGGGGUAGAUGCUUUGGAAUCUUUACACAGAAGCUCCGCCACUGAUUCAGAGAGGAAUCAAACACCACAGCCUGCUGCUCAACAUUCAAACUCUACAUUGUCAUUAGUGCCUCGAGCUAGGGUUCAAGCUAGGGUUGAUGUGGCGGAAUCUUUACACAGAAGUUCCCCUGCUACUUCAGAGAGGAAUCAAACGCCACAGCCUGCUGCUCAGCAUUCAAGCUCUACAUUAUCAUUAGUGCCUCAAGCUGGGGUAGAUGCAGUGGAUGAGGGCUUGCCAGUAGAAAAAGAAGGUGAACCGAAAUCUGUCUAUGUGAUGAACUUACCUCCUACUAUUACCAAGAAAAAAAUCAGGAAGAAAUUCAAGAAAUUCGGCCACAUAAUACCCAAUGGCAUCUUGAUUACGUCACAGAAUCCUUGGUAUGUACAGGAAAGUUGCCGUGCUGUUGUCGAGUUUGAAGACCUUAUUAGCGUAAAAAAUGCACUCGAGGCCUCUCCAAUACAAUUGGCUGGAAGUGAAGUCUACAUUCUAAGGAAGAUGCCAGUCGAGAGCAGUACUUAUCAAGGAAGGGGUAGAGGAAGAGGAAGAGGAAGUGACCAAAUGACUAUCACAUGGGGGAGUUUUGGAUUACUGGGAAGCUACCCGGGAGGUGAUUAGGAUGGUGGUGGAUACAACAGACUGACAGGAAAUGAUUCUUAUUAGUGUGGUUAGUGAUGAUGAGAUGAAAAAGCCUUGGCAAUCAUUCAUGGGUCAAGCAUUUUCCUUCUAAUGGUUCCAGGAAAUAUGUCGUAGUUUUUCAGAUGUGCCAUUUUACGGGAUUGGAUUGUCAAGAAGCUUGUUUCUGUUGUUUCCUGCUGUAGUCACAAACGGUUUUUUUUUUUUUUUCUUUUUUAGUGACAAACAUUUCGUUAGUUUCAUGAUGAAUGAAGAGGAAUCGUUGAUGUUCUUUUCAUUGUGCUUA